AUGAUUUCACUAUGUGCAGGGAGUGAGGCGCUUACUGUAAUUAUCUUUUUUGAAAGGGAAAGAAGGCGCUCAUUGCAAUUGUCUUUACCCUGGGCGAUAGAUCUACGAUUUUAUCUUUUUUUUGCCAGAACUUCGUUAGUUGCGAUUGAUUGUUUGCUUAUCAUCGGAGUUUGCUCAUCAUCGGGGUUUGUUUAUCAUCGGGGUUUGCUUAUCAUCGGGGUUUGCUCAUCAUCGGGGUUUGCUUAUCAUCGGGGUUUGCUCAUCAUCGGGGUUUGCUUAUCAUCGGGGUUUGCUUAUCAUCGGGGUUUGCUCAUCAUCGGGGUUUGCUUAUCAUCGGGGUUUGCUCAUCAUCGGGGUUUGCUCAUCAUCGGGUUUGCUUAUCAUCGUGGUUUGCAUAUCAUCGGGGUUUGCAUAUCAUCGGGGUUUGCUCAUCAUCGGGGUUUGCAUAUCAUCGGGGUUUGCUCAUCAUCGGGGUUUGCUCAUCAUCGGGGCUUGCUUAUCAUUGGGGUUUUGUUUAUCAUCGGGGUGUUUUGGUUUUUAUUGGUUGAAAAUUGA